UCGACGUUGCCGUAACGGAGCCGUUCACCUCUUUUUGUUAUAAAAGGAGCCUCCUGCCCCUUCUUCUUUCGCAUUUCAAUUUCAUCUACGCUUCUUCUACCAAAAAAGCCUUCCAAGACUCUGUCAAGAUGCAAAUCUUCGUCAAGACCCUCACCGGCAAGACCAUCACUCUCGAAGUCGAGAGCUCUGACACCAUCGACAAUGUCAAGGCCAAGAUCCAAGACAAGGAGGGCAUCCCCCCAGACCAGCAGAGGCUGAUCUUCGCGGGGAAGCAGCUCGAGGACGGUCGUACCCUUGCUGACUACAACAUCCAAAAGGAAUCCACCCUCCACCUCGUCCUCCGUCUCCGUGGUGGGAUGCAAAUCUUUGUAAAGACUCUCACCGGCAAGACCAUCACUCUUGAGGUCGAGAGCUCCGACACCAUCGAUAAUGUUAAGGCCAAGAUCCAAGACAAGGAGGGCAUCCCCCCAGACCAGCAGAGGCUGAUCUUCGCGGGGAAGCAGCUCGAGGACGGUCGUACCCUUGCUGACUACAACAUCCAAAAGGAAUCCACCCUCCACCUCGUCCUCCGUCUCCGUGGUGGGAUGCAAAUCUUUGUAAAGACUCUCACCGGCAAGACCAUCACUCUUGAGGUCGAGAGCUCCGACACCAUCGAUAAUGUUAAGGCCAAGAUCCAAGACAAGGAGGGCAUCCCCCCAGACCAGCAGAGGCUGAUCUUCGCCGGGAAGCAGCUUGAGGACGGCCGGACCCUUGCCGACUACAACAUCCAAAAGGAAUCCACCCUCCACCUCGUCCUCCGUCUCCGUGGUGGUAUGCAAAUCUUUGUUAAGACUCUCACUGGCAAGACCAUCACUCUUGAGGUCGAGAGCUCCGACACCAUUGAUAAUGUCAAGGCCAAGAUCCAAGAUAAGGAGGGCAUACCCCCAGACCAGCAGAGGCUGAUCUUCGCCGGAAAGCAGCUUGAGGAUGGUCGUACCCUAGCCGAUUACAACAUUCAAAAGGAGUCUACCCUCCACCUUGUCCUCCGUCUUCGUGGUGGCAUGCAAAUCUUCGUCAAGACCCUCACAGGGAAGACCAUAACCUUGGAGGUGGAGAGCUCAGACACCAUUGACAACGUGAAGGCGAAAAUCCAAGACAAGGAGGGUAUCCCACCAGACCAGCAGAGACUCAUCUUCGCUGGUAAGCAGCUCGAGGAUGGCCGCACCUUGGCCGACUAUAAUAUCCAGAAGGAGUCUACCCUCCACCUUGUCUUGCGUCUCCGUGGUGGCAUGCAGAUUUUCGUGAAAACCCUGACUGGGAAGACCAUCACUCUCGAGGUUGAGAGCUCAGACACCAUCGACAACGUUAAGGCUAAGAUUCAAGACAAGGAGGGUAUUCCCCCAGACCAGCAGAGGUUGAUAUUUGCUGGAAAGCAGCUGGAAGACGGACGUACACUUGCAGACUACAACAUUCAGAAGGAAUCGACCCUCCACCUUGUCCUUCGUCUCAGAGGAGGCAUGCAGAUUUUCGUCAAGACCUUGACCGGCAAGACCAUCACUUUGGAGGUGGAGAGUUCGGACACCAUUGACAACGUCAAGGCCAAGAUUCAGGACAAGGAGGGGAUCCCACCAGACCAGCAGAGGCUUAUCUUUGCUGGGAAGCAGCUCGAAGACGGAAGGACCCUUGCCGAUUACAACAUCCAGAAGGAGUCCACCCUUCACCUCGUGCUUCGCCUUCGUGGUGGAAACUGAGCGUCAUUGGCCGGAUUUUGCCUUUGUUGGUCCCUUUCUGUUGUGUGGUGGUUUAUGUGUUCUGAAGAAAUUGAAGUGUCGGGGUCCUUUGUUGGCCCCUCAAAUAAAUUUGUGUGAUGUUUUCUAUCAGUUUGUUUAUAUUUCCGUACUCUUAAAUGUCUAGUGUCCCCCGCUAAUACGGGUUUAUAAUAAAAUGUUUUCUAUUAAUCCA